CCAAAAAUAUGGAAAAAUAUUCUCAUUGAAAUUUGGUUCUUCUACUAUGAUUGUAGUUUCUUCAGCAAAAUUAGCAAGAGAAGUAUUGAAGACACAAGAUUUAGUGUUUUGUAGUAGACCUUCUCUUCUUGGCCAACAAAAAUUGUCUUACAAUGGUCAUGAUAUUGCCUUUUCACCUUAUAAUGACUAUUGGAGAGAAAUGAGAAAAAUUUGUGUGCUUCAACUAUUUAGUCUUAAGAAAGUGCAAUCAUUUAGGCCAAUUCGUGAAGAUGAAGUCUCAAGAAUGAUUAAGAAAAUAUCUCAACAAGCUGCUUCUUCUCAAGUUACAAAUUUGAGCAAUAUAAUGAUUUCACUAACAAGUACAAUUAUUUGUAGAGUUGCUUUUGGUGUUAGGUUUGACGAAGAAGCACAUGAAAGGAAGAGAUUUGAUUAUCUCUUGGCGGAAGCUCAAGCUAUGAUGGCUAGCUUUUUUGUGUCUGAUUUUGUUCCUUCUCUAAAUUGGAUUGAUAAACUCACUGGAUUGACAGGUAGGCUUGAAAGGAAUUUCAAGGAUUUGGAUGAAUUUUAUGAAGAACUCAUCGAGCAACAUCACAAUCCCAAUAAACCAAAAUCCAUGGAAGGAGAUAUUGUUGAUCUUUUGCUUCAAUUGAAGAAAGAGAAAUCAACACCAAUUGAUCUCACUUUGGAGGAUAUAAAAGGAAUUCUCAUGAAUGUGUUAGUUGCUGGAUCAGACACUAGUGCAGCUGUAGUAGUAUGGGCAAUGACAGCACUGAUGAAAAAUCCAAAAACCAUGAAAAAAGUCCAAGAAGAAAUCAGAAACCUAAUUGGGAACAAAGGCGUUGUGAAUGAAGAUGAUAUUCAAAACAUGUCUUAUCUCAAAGCAGUGAUAAAAGAGACAUUUCGAUUAUAUCCACCAGAUCCACUUCUAAUACUUAGAGAAUCAAUGAAGAAGUCCACACUUGAAGGGUAUGAAAUUCAUCCAGGAGCUUUAGUUCAUGUUAACGCUUGGGCAAUUGCAAGGGAUCUUGAAAUAUGGGAAAAUCCAUCAGAAUUUAUACCUGAGAGAUUCUUGAAUAGCGAGAUUGAUUUCAAGAGAGAAGACUACGAGCUAAUUCCUUUUGGAGCAGGACGAAGAGGAUGUCCGGGGAUUACACUUGGAAUUGUAGCCAUAGAACUUGCAUUAUCAAAUCUUCUUUAUGCAUUUGAUUGGGAAUUACUUUAUGGAUUGAAAAAAGAGGACAUUGACACAGAUGUUAGGCAUGGAAUCACCAUGCAUAAGAAAAAUGAGCUUUGUCUUAUCCCUAAAAAUUAUUUCUAAAUUACGCUCGAUCCAGUGUGAAUUUAGGACGAGUUCUUCGCUAAAUUCAUUAUUGCUUUCAGCUUGAAUUAUGUAUACAUUGUAAAUAUUAGUAUGAAAUCAAUAUAAUAAAAUAAUCCUCAUGCUAA